UGUUGCACAGUGUCGCCUGUGUACGUAGCCGGAAAGCUCCCGCAGGUAAUUAUACCAGGUAAUAUUCUUUGUCGCGCAAUCUCGCAAAUCGCGCGGGAAACUGCCGAGACUGUCGAGCUUAGCAAAAAUGAUUUUCCGGCAAAAUCUUGUUUGUUUCUGGUCUUGAAAAAUUCUUUCAGAAAUAUUCGCGACGAGAACUCGCGCGCGAAAACCAAAAAAGACGAAAAUUAUGACAACCAGCGAGAAUUGGCGGCAAAACGCGAUCAGCUGAUUGGUAGGCGCCGAUUUGGGCGCGAAAUAUCGGCAGCAGCGACCAAUGAGACGCGAUCGAGAUAAUUUUACCCGCGUAAAGGUGCUGGGUUAGCAACCGGUUCGUUUCCUCGAAUGUCGUUAAAUCUCAUCGUGUUGUGUCAUCGUCAACGUCGUCUGUUGGUUCUGAACGUUCGCCUUGUUUAAAAUAGUGAGGUAAAUUUGCAGAAAUUAUCUCGAUAACUAUGGCUUUGCAUGAAUCUACGAAAGAAAACAUUGGUAGUGUCCGCAAACAUCUUGAGGACGUGUCCUUGCACACAUCACCAAAGAAAUCAUGCAUAUCACCAACUAUAACUCAAGAUUAUGGAUUAAAAACUGCAAAAGCUGUACAAAAGAUACAGCUGACAGAGGAGGAUUCAUUAUUGAAGUUCGAUCCACAAAUAGAACCUCUUCUUCAAGAGGAUUCGUAUCGGGAAGAUGACAUCUUUCCUAUUCAAUAUCCUGAUGUUUGGGACAUGUACAACAAAGCAGUGGCCUCAUUCUGGACUGUUGAAGAAGUGCCUUUGCACAAGGUGGACAAAAAGGAUUGGGAAGAAAAGCUCACUGCCAAUGAAAGACAUUUUAUCUCCCAUGUAUUAGCAUUCUUUGCUGCUUCUGACGGGAUUGUUAAUGAAAAUUUAAUUGAGAGAUUCUGCCAGGAGGUAAAAUUGCCUGAGGCCUAUUUCUUUUAUAUCUUUCAGGCCACUAUAGAGACUGUCCAUUCUGAAAUGUAUUCUUUACUCAUUGAAACAUAUAUUACAGAUCCGAGAGAAAAAGAUUUCUUGUUUAACGCGAUCGAAACUCUCCCUUGCGUGAAGAAAAAAGCUAAUUGGGCGUUACAAUGGAUCCAUCACGAGAGCGCAACGUUUCCCGAACGUGUACUCGCAUUCGCAGCGGUCGAGGGAAUCUUCUUCAGCGGCAGUUUUGCCGCGAUCUUUUGGUUAAAGAAGCGAGGGGUUAUGCCAGGCCUUACUUUCAGCAAUGAACUCAUCUCGCGAGAUGAAGGAUUGCAUUGUGAUUUCGCGUGUCUAAUGUUCAAACACAUAGUUCAAAAGCCGUCGUUCGAACGCGUGAAACAGAUUAUAAUGGAUGCUGUGGUGAUCGAAAAGGAAUUUUUGACAGAAGCGUUACCGGUUAGCCUGAUAGGAAUGAAUUCUGAACUCAUGUGCACUUACAUCGAAUUUGUCGCAGACAGAUUGUUUGUUGCGUUAGGAUACGAAAAAAUUUAUAAUUCGAAGAAUCCGUUCUCAUUCAUGGAUUUCAUCUCUCUGGAGGGCAAAACAAAUUUCUUUGAAAAGAAAGUGGGCGAAUACAAGAAGUUCGGAGUUGUAGAGGAAGAUUCUCAGAAGAACAACGACACAACAAGUGUGGGGUUCGGCGCAAGUUUUUAGCGUGUAAUAUCUUGAUAUAAA